AUGCUUUUCGACGAGCUAUUUGAGAGUUCGUUUCGCAAUAUUCCCCUUGUUCGCGUUCCAUUUCUCAAUCAGUCAAAAGAUGGUAAUUCGACACCAAGAAUCACCCUUGAACAUCUCUUCUCCUCUUCUCAAUAUGUCAUCUUUUUUCUAGCAGAAUCAUCACAAAGCACAUCAUCGAGUUCAAGAACUUUGGAAUUAGCUGGAAAAUUGGAGGAAAUGGUACAGAAGAAAAAUGCAGCUUUUACUGGAGAGAAAACGUCAAGCUCACCAGCUCGUAUCCGUCGUUUUUUCGGGAUCAAGAAGAAAAAGAAAGUGAAAGAAAAUGGAAGUGAUUCGCUUUCAAUCUCUGUUGUUCUUCUUGAAACAAGCAAUAAUCAAGAGAAUGUCUCAAAUCUUGCUCAGCCAGGAUGGUAUCAAGUUGGGUCAAAAGAUUUGGGCACACGGUCUCGUUUACUCCGUGGCUUGGGCUUUGAAGUGGCUCCGUCGAUUGUGGUUGUUGAGGGAAAUACACGAGCUGUGAUCACCACUGAAGCAAGAAGAUUGCUUCAUGAUGAUCCCAUUGGUCAACAUUUUCCAUGGUGGCCGCCAAGUGUGGAAAAUGUUCUUCUGAAUGCGAGUGUGCAGCGAAGAGAUCAAUCAACAAAGAAUUUAGUGAAGACGGCAUGGAAAGAACUUCCCGCUAAAGUUCGAGCGCUAUUUUUUGGAGCUUAUUGGUGUCCUCCUUGUCGUCAAUGGAUUAAACAACUCAUUCCCGCCUACGAAUCUCUGAAGAAAAAUGGAAUCUCAUUGGAGAUCAUUUUCUGUUCUUCCGAUAGAAGUCAAGAGUUUUACGAUGAAUUCACCGGGAUGAUGCCAUGGAUGGCUUUUCCUUUUGAUCCCUCACACACUGUUCUACUCACUCGAUUAUUCAACAUCUCUGGGAUCCCGUCUUUGAUUUUGAUUGAUGAAGAGAACAGAGUGAUCACACGACAUGGACGACAAACGCUAGUUGAUGAUCCAAAAGGAGUUCACUUCCCUUGGGGUCCUCGUCCUAUUUAUGAACUUACCGAGUUGAACGUUUGUCGACUUCGAGAUGAACCAUCGCUUAUUUUAUUUACUGAAGGCUCACAAGAUGACAUUCAAUUCUCAAAAACGGUGCUCAGCCAGGUGGCUCGAAGGCUUUUCUUGGAGAAACUCGAUGCGGAAAAGAAAAGAGAAAUUGAACGAAAAGAGAAAAGUGAUGAGAACGGGAAUGGGAACUCGAGAUCUAGCACGCCACAGUUAAAGCACAGUACAAGUCAAGAGGAGUGCAGUUCCGUCGAUUCAGAAGCCCCAAUUCCAGCUUUAACCGAUCCUCUGCAAGUCUUUUUCACUGGUGAAGAUCCGAUUUGUGAUCAUAUUCUUGAGGAAAUCUUGGGUCUUGCUGAUGCUGAACUUCCUCUAAUCUGUAUAGUUGAUGCAUUGGGUGGUCGUCUAACUGUUUGUCCUGAUCCAGAUGUUUCUGAUGAGGUUCUCACAAAAUUUGUUGACUCAUAUCGAAUGGGAAAACUUUGUUGGACACCACUUUCAGAUAAGUCAGGACGCACAGUGGGUGGGAUUCCCGUUGACGAAAUCGAGAAAGUCCUAAUGGGAAACUCUCCUAGUCAGAACUCGAUUGGCACCUCAAAAGAUGCAACAAACACG